GAAUGUAGCCGUUCGCUAGCCGGGUUAUUUGCGAAAGAGUACGUCGUAUUUAAAGGUCUACGCCGGUUUGUGUUGCCAAAACUUUAAGGGCUGACCGAACACAAGCUUUACUGAUGUUUACCGUUAGCCUAGCAUUCACUUUUAUCUGAGUUUUACAUGAAGUUAGCGGAAGCUGCUAGCUUUGCCGCACAGGCCUAAAGCACAGAAGGGCUUCCGUUAGCCUAAAAUAAGGAAUUCCCGGUGUUUCUGUGAAGAACACGUCGAUUUAACCAAGUAAAAAUGUCUAAAGCUAAUAUACUGAGAUCUUUAGUGAACCAGAGACUGACUGCGGCUGCUGAGGAGAUUUUUAAGCUGUUUGAAAGAACAAUAGCAGAGUACGAGGAGGAACUUAGUCGAUCUAAAGAGAGUCAACACAAACCUCUGGAUCCUGUCAUCAACCCUGAAGAGGAGAUACACAAACCAGACAUACAGCAGCUGAGAAGACCCGAGGUUCUCCCUCAGCAGCAGGAGAGGGGUUUCUGCCUGAACCAGAAGAACCCACCUGAACCAGCAUGCAUUAAAGAAGAAGGGGAGGAACUGUGGAGCAGUCAGGAGAGAGAUCAGCAUCCAGGAGCAGAGGAGGCUGAUAGCAGUGUGUUCACAUUCACUUCUGUACAGCUGAAGUGGGAAGCAGAGGAUGGAGAGAAAGCUCAGUCCUCGCAGCUUCAUGGAAAACGGAGUGAAAUGAACAGUGAAACAGAGCAUUUGAAAACAGAAGCUGAUGGAGAGGACUGUGGGGGAUCAGAAAGAGACCGAGACUUUAAUCCAGAUGGGUUUUUACAACCGGUUACUGCUGAUGAGACCUUACACCUCAUUGGAUCAGACACUGAUGACAGUGGUGACUGGGUGGAUGGUGAUGAAUUACAGAAAGGUUUAAACCAUCUGCAAAACAAACACUUAACUGUGAAUUAUGUAAAAUGUAACACUGGAAGCACAUCAUUUGGCUUCUCUGAAUGUCCAUCAAUCUUUGGACCAAAGCAGAAACAUGACAGGGUCCAGACAGGGGAAAAACCGUUCAUUUGCUCAAUUUGUGCUAAAAGAUACCCGAGUAAGAAACUUUUGCAAAUGCACAUGCGACGUCAUUCAGUGGUAAAACCGUACAGCUGCUCGGUUUGUAAGAAGAGUUUCAUUAGGAAAGAAGAGAUGGUAAGGCACAUGAGGACUCACACUGGAGAGAAACCUUUCAGCUGCCCAAUCUGUGGUAGAAGAUUCACGCAGCGUGGAUCUCUAAAGAGUCAUUCUAUCAUCCACACAGGGGAAAAACCAUAUGGUUGCAAUCUUUGUGGCAGAAGAUUCACUUGGCUAAAGUCUGUGAAAAUACACAAGUGUAUAAAGAAAUGAAAAAGCCUCAAGAUAAUCAUCUGAUGUGACCUUACAGCCCACAGAUAAAGGUGAAUAUUUUCAGCUUUGAAAAUUAAAUAACUUAGUUCUUCUUUCCUAAGAGCACAAUUUUUUUGAGUUGAUGAGCUCUUUGAGCAUGUGUAUUAUUUCCCCUCACAUUUACAAUUGAGACUGAGCAAUAAAUCAAAAUAUAGUUAAAAUCACAACAAUGCCUAUUGCGAAAUAAAUAGUAAAAAAUGUGAUUUUUCUUUUGCCUGAAAUAUGUCAAAAGGCCAGUCUAAUGUGUUUUGAUUUAUCUUUUUUUGCAGUAGCAGAGACAUUAUACUCUACAUAUCCUGCAAACAGUCAAAUGCCAAUUAUUUUUAGGAUAUUAGACAAAAAAAUCUGCUUUAACUAUGUUUGUAUAUGUUUAUUAAAACAGAAUGGGACAAAAUGA